UGGAGAGAGAGGGGGAGAGAGAUUUGGCAGGGGAUUAGUGGAAGCGGGUCGGUGGGUUCAGACUUGACUACUUGAGACCUAAUGAAACUCAGAAAGACAAUCAUACACCACACAAAUCCUAAAGCAGAAUCAAGGGUCAAUAAUUUGACAGAUUUUUAUAACAAAAAACUGUUGACAGAUAAAUAGCAAAACUCAACUAUAAUAUAUACACCAUGAACCUGAUAACGAGGCUAACUAAAAGCUCACAGGCCGAAACAGGAUGCGUAGGAGAUCGAUCCUACAAAGACAAUUUGCCCAUUGACCAGGCUAUUUAUAGUCCAACAAAUUCAGGUUAUGGUAACCCGACUGCGAUCUACACUCGCAUACGCUGCCAUCGCCGGUCGCCGCGCACCACCUGUCCUCCUCAGACUUUGCCCGGCACGAACACUUGGACUGCGCCGCGAGCUGCUAUAUUAAACCCAUGCCAUCAUUGGCGGCGAUCGCUGCUCGUUUUUGCCACUUCUCGAUCCUGGCCAUGCACCAUCAUCGGCUCAUCGCAGGCGCCGUCCCUGAUCUGGCAUGAAAGGAGGAGGCGCCAUUGUCAUGCACGCCGCCGCCGGCAAGCAGGUGCCCAAGUCCAAGACCUCCUUCUUCCUCUACAUCCUCCUCCUCUACGUACUCCUGCCCGUGCUGGUGCUCUACGUCGUCGCGCUCGCCGUGUCCCCGUUCUACUCCCACCCGUGCCCGCAGGACGGCGGUGCCGGUGCCGAUGGCAAGUGGCAUAAUGGUAGCUCGUCGCGGCUUCCGCCGCCCAAGGCGCGGUCGAAACUGAAGCCGAAGCCUUCCGCGGACGACGACGAUGCCGCACCCACCGGGCUGCGUCACAUUGUGUUCGGCAUCGGCGCAUCGUCGUCGCUCUGGAAAAGCCGGAAGGAGUACAUCCGGGUGUGGUGGCAGCCGGGGAAGAUGCGCGGCUUCGUGUGGCUGGACAAGCCGGUGCCGGAUCUGUACACCAGGAACCCCUCCUCGGAUCUCCCCGGCAUCAAGAUCAGCGGCAACACGUCCAGGUUCCCCUACACGCACGGCGCCGGCAGCCGGUCGGCGCUGCGGAUCACGCGCAUCGUCUCGGAGAGCUUCCGGCUGGGCCUCCCGGGCGCGCGGUGGUUCGUGAUGGGCGACGACGACACGGUGUUCUUCCCGGACAACCUGGCGGACGUGCUGUCCCGGUACGACCACACGCAGCCGUACUACAUCGGGAACCCGUCGGAGAGCCACAUCCAGAACCUCAUCUUCUCGUACGGCAUGGCGUUCGGCGGCGGCGGGUUCGCCAUCAGCCGCGCGCUGGCGGCGCAGCUGGCGCGCAUGCAGGACGGCUGCAUCGAGCGGUACCCCGCGCUGUACGGCAGCGACGACCGUAUCCACGCGUGCAUGUCGGAGCUGGGGGUGCCGCUGACGCGCCACCUGGGCUUCCACCAGUGCGACCUGUGGGGCGACGUGCUGGGACUCCUGGGCGCGCACCCGGUGACGCCGCUUGUGUCGCUGCACCACUUCGACUUCCUGCAGCCGGUGUUCCCGACGGUGCGGUCGCGGACGCAAGCGCUGCGGCGGCUGUUCGCGGGGCCCGUGGCGCUGGACCCGGCGGCCGUGGCGCAGCAGUCGGUGUGCUACGACGCCGGCAAGGAGUGGACGGUGUCCGUGUCGUGGGGGUUCGCGGUGAUGGUGCUCCGCGGGGUGCUGUCGCCGCGGGAGAUGGAGACGCCGAUGCGGACGUUCCUCAACUGGUACCGCCGCGCCGACUACACGGCGUACGCGUUCAACACGCGGCCCGUGGCGCGGCACCCGUGCCAGAGGCCGCAGGUGUACUACAUGCGGCAGGCGCGGCUGGAACGCCGCCGGCGCAAACGCAACGCCACCACCACGGUGACCGAGUACGAGCGGCACCGGGUGCCGCCCACGCCGUGCCGGUGGCGCAUCCCGGACCCCGCCGCGCUGCUGGACCGCGUCGUCGUGCGCAAGAAGCCCGACCCCGAUCUCUGGAAACGGUCCCCGAGGAGGAAUUGCUGCCGGGUGGUGUCGUCGCCGACGGUGGGGAAAGACCGGAGGAUGACCAUCGACGUCGGCGUCUGCAGAGACGGCGAGUUCGCCAGGGUUUAGGCAGUUUGCGCAGGGGAAGUAUAGGAGCUAGAUCAGUGGACGGCGGAAUGGGGAGCGAUAGAGAAAAUGGCUGCUUCAGAUCCACGGAUCAUGGAGCACAUGUUUUAAUUCAGUGAUCAUGGAGCAACAAGGCUCAAGGCAGAAGCAAACCCGUUGCGGAAGGGGCUCAGAGGAACUCAUCGGUUGGGCCAGCAACGUGCGAUGGAGUGUAGCUGUAUACUGUAGAGGCGUAUAAAGAUGACGAAACGGGGCGAGUGCUUUGGUACGUCAAACACUGAAACUAAUGGCAUCCUGCGCGCGCAGAUGAGGCACUCUUUUGUUUGAAGGCGUGGUCGGCUAUGGUCCGUUCGGCACUUGUUUGCAAUUCGAAGGUCAUCAAAACAUGAUCCUGCUGAAAUCUCCAUCUCCCCGGCUAAGCACAACGUGCGUGCCAACCGGCCCGGGACGGAUUUAAUUAGACCCACGUAGAUUUUGGGCCAUUAAGAGGUGCCGUGUUAGUCUUAUGCUACGAAGUUGGGUUGGACUGGGCUUAUCUGGACCGUAAAUAUGUAUACACUAUGGGAUGUCCACGGCCUGCUAAUAAGAGUGUGUAUUCUAAAUCACAUCCAUUUUUAAGGUCUAUAAUACAAUCGCGUGUAA